UUUGUCUAUUAUUGAGUUAACCAAUAUCACAAUUCAGCCAAAAAAUAACCAAUACAUACUAAUCCAUUGCUUCAGAGUACAAAUUCACCUACUUUCAUUUACAACAGUUUUAGAUGGCACAUUGUAGUAUCGCAUGGAUACAACAGUCAUUGCCAGUGUUAAGGCAAAGAAGUAUUGAAAGGAAAACGAACAUUCAUGUUUUGAAUAGGUUGCAAUAUUGCUCUUAUUGUCGGAAAUGCAAGUGGAAGCUUUCAACUUUCAAGUAUCUGAAAAUGGAAAGUAACAAUAGAGAAGAGUCGGUCGCUUGUGCAUCAUCAGCUCACGAAAGUAGCACAACAGUUGAGGAUCCUGUUACGAGCCGGAAAGACUCAAACUUUUAUAGAAAGUUUCAACAUAUCCCGAAAACUCUGAAAGACUUGGAGUUUUUAACUUUCAAGUGGAAGGGAAAGUAUAAUAUCAAUUAUUUUGUAGACGGGAAGGAAAGUUCGGAACCUAUCCUUCUAGUUCAUGGUUUUGGUGCCUCCAUUGCGCACUGGAGGAAAAACAUACCUUUUCUUGUUGAAGCUGGCUAUCAAGUAUAUGCAGUGGACCUUCUUGGUUUUGGAGCAAGCCAAAAACCUCUCCUUAGGGAGUAUUCUCUUGAGCUUUGGAAGGAGCUUUUAGUCGAUUUCUGUUGGUGUAUGCGGCAAAACAAAAAAUGGAUAUUGUGUGGCAAUAGUAUUGGCGCCCUGUUGUGCUUGAUGGUGGCUUAUGACUUUCCUAAUAUGGUGGAAUCCUUGGUUCUUCUCAAUUGUGCUGGAGGAUUAACCUCGUUUCGUGAAACGGAACUUUCUCUUCCAGGUGCUAUUCUUUACCGUCUUGUUCGGCUUGUCUUGUUCAAUUCUUUGACUGGACCCUUGUUUUUUCGAAAUUUUCGUACUCGUGAGAAUAUUUUAAAGUUGCUCAAUCAAGUAUAUAUCGAUAAGGAUGCUGUUGACGAUUAUCUGGUAGAAAUGUUACAUCUUCCGUCCUUAGACGAAGGAGCAGAACACGUAUUCUUGAAGACACUUGGAGGGUCUCCUGGUCCUUCACCCGAAGAAUUACUUCCAAGUAUAUCUUGUCCCAUAUUAAUGUUAUGGGGAGAAGACGACCCUUGGACGCCCUAUAGGAAAGGCUUUCAUCCUGGCAUCAAGUUUCCAAAUUACAAUAAGAAUCUUAAGCUUAUUUCUUUUCCUGAUACUGGACAUUGUCCUCAUGAUGAGAGACCUCAACUAGUUCAUCAAAUUUUGCUUCCAUGGCUCCAAAAUAAUAAACAAGUUGAGAAUAGCUAAAUCCCAUUUCAAAUUUUAUCAAAAAC